AUGUUGGGCGCGGUUCAGAGGAGUUUUGAGGCGUCUCAGGAGUCGGGCUAUGGCAUGCCAGUGGAAGGGGGGUAUAUGCAAGGGAUGAUGGGAGCAGCAGAGCCGGCAUGUGGCCUGUGGGAGCAGAUCACCGCAAGCACAGUUCCCGCAGCAGUGGGAGGUAGGUCAAGGCAUGCUGUCCCAAUCAAUACCACCGCCACAACAGCAGCAGCAGCAGCAGCAGCAGCAGCAGCAGCAGCAGCAGCAGCAGCAGCAGCAGCAGCAGCAGCAGCAGCAGCAGCAGCAGCAGCAGCAGCAGCAGCAGCAGCAGCAGCAGCAGCAGCAGCAGCAGCAGCAGCAGCCUUGGCAGCAGCAGCAGCAGCCUUGGCAGCAGCAGCAGCAGCCUUGGCAGCAGCAGCAACAGCAGCAGCAGCAACAGCAGCCUUGGCAGCAGAAUCAACCCUUCUCCACCCUCCCUCGUUCCAGCAGAAGCCCCUCCUACCACGAAUCUUCCUAUUCAACCGCUCCAUGAGUGGCGUACUAGGAGAAGCGUCUCUGGUGCAAGAGUUGGCGGGUGGUAUACCACCAGGAGCGUCGUUUGAGGCGCCUCAAAAGUCGUCUCUCUUAGGUGCAAGAGUUGGCGGGUGCGUUCCCAGUGUUCCUUGCGCUCCCAGCAUUCCCGGCGUGCCCGGAGUGUCUGUAGACUUGUUGAACCAGCUGUUGAACGAGGAGUGUAGCCUGGGGCCCUCUGAACCGAUGCUGCAGGGGGGAGACCUUAUGCAGUUGCUCGGCCCUUCCCGCUCCUUCCGAGACGGCUCGUCGUUACUCAAUGGUCGAGAUGCAUCCGCAGGACCCGCAACCCCCGGACCGUUCUUAAGCGCGUCGCGAUCUAUGAACGCGCGGGAAGGGGGGCUGGCCUUCCCCGGACCUUCCCCGCGCCCGCCGAUUCCCGGGGGAUCUGCGCCAAGCCCUCUGUCCGGCGGCGGGUUCGGCGGAGGGUUCGGCGGAGGGGGAGGCGGCGGAGGGGAUAUGGCGGAAGCCGUUGAGCUGCGGAAGGAAUUGGCGGAGCAGUCGGAGGAGAUGGACCGGCUUUUAGCUAAGAACGAAGAGCUGGAGGAGCAGCUCCGCGAAUCGCGGCGAGAGGCUGCAGAAGCAAGCAGCCGCGCCGCCUCCGCCGCAUCUCGCGCUGAAACCCUCCAAGCGAAGCUCGACGCGGCCGCCGCAUCUCACUCCGCGUCUCCCGCCGCAUCCGACGGCGCGUCCGACGGCGCGUCUGGCGGCGCGUCUGGCGCGGAGUCCCUCCAGAAGAAGCUAGACGAGGCGAACGCGGCGCGGGCGGAGCUGGAGGAGCGAUUAAUCUCCAUUACCUCCGAAAAGGAGGAGCUGGAGAGGCGAUUAAUCUCCACGAGCGCGAAGCGCGAGGCUCUGGAGGGGAAAGUGGAGGAUUUGGAGGGGAGGGGGAAGUACUUAGAGGGGAAAGCGGCAGCCGCGGAAAGAGUAGCUGAUGAAUUGGCGCGCCAGGUGGAAAGGCUGGAAAGUAUGGUGGGGGGAGGCGGAGACGGGGGCGACGGGGGAGGCGGAGGGGGAGGGGGAGGGGGAGGGGGAGGGGGAGGGGGAGGGGAGUGGGAAGAGAAGGUGAGGAGGCUUGAGAGGGAAUUGGAGGAGAUGGGGAGGGAGAGAGAGGAGGUUGUGAGGGAGAGGGAGGCGAUGGGAGGGGAGAGAGCGAAGCUGUUGAGAGAGCGGGAGGAGAUGGAGAGGAGGUUGAGGGAGCUCGAGAAAGAGGUGAAUGCGAAAGGAGUAGGUGGUGGUGGUGGUGGGGGGAGCGGUGGUGAUGAUAACGAGGCUAGUGACUCAAAGGAAGGGCGAGGCAGUGGGGAGAAGGCGAAUGGGGGGGCGGAGGAGGGUGAUGUGACUAAAGCGAGGGAAGAGAAGGAGGAACUGGAGGCAAAACUGGCGGAUGCGAUUAAAGAGAAAGAGGAGAUGGAAGAGAGGAUGUUAGCAGCAGAGGCGGAGCGCGAUGAUUUGAUUAUAGAGCACGAGGAGUUAGUAGCUACUAUGGAAGAGGCUGGCGGGCGGAUGCAGGCUUUAAUCCGGGAGAAAAAGGAGCUGGAGGCACGGCUGGGAGCGGUGCAGGGCGGUUGGGAGAGCAAGAGCCAGGGGAGACUGCCGUACUUAGAGGAGAGGGUUAUUGAGCUUGAAGCGACUCUGGCUGAAACGAAGCGGGGGAGGGAGGAGAUGGGGAGGCGGUUGGCUGCUGCUGAGGCACUAGUGGAGGAUGAGAGAGAGAGGGUGGCGGGAGAAAUUCGGUUACUGGAUCAAGAAUUGGAAAAGGCUAUGGGGUUGCUUGGGGAGAAAGAGAGGGAGGUGGAGGGAUUGGAAGAGAGAGUGAGGGAGAGAGAGGAGGAGGUGGAGAAGGUGGGGGGGAGGUUGCGGGAGAAGGAGGAGGAGGUGGGGAGGGUGGAGGGGAGGUUGAGGGAGAGAGAGGAGGAGGUGGGGAGGCUGGAGGGGGAGGUGAAUGGGUUGGAGGAGAGAGUGAGGGAGUGGGAGGAGAAGGGGAGGGAGAAGGAGAGGGAGUUGGAGGAGAUGAGGAGGGAGGCAGAGGAGAGAGUGAGGGAGAUGGAGGAGAGAGUGGGAGAGAGUGAGAAGAGGGCGAGGGAACUUGAAGCGAAGCUUUGCGAGCAGCAGGAGAAGGUGCGAGAAGUAGAGUCUGCGGUUGGUGUGCUUAAAACGGAAGUGGCAGAAGCGAGGGGCGAGAUUGAACGGCUGGUGAUGGAGAAAGAGGAGUUGGAGGGGAGGAUGAAGGAGUUGGAAGGGGUUAAAGCGGGUGCAGAGGAGGAGGUGGCCGGGUUGCGGGAGGUUGUGUGCGGUUUGGAGGAGGAAAAGCGGGAACUGGAGGAGGAACGGCGAGAAUUGGAAGAAGAGAAACAGAGACUUGAGGAGGAGAAGGGACAUAUGCUACUGGAGGCGGAACGUAUGAAGGAGGAGAUUCGGAGAGUGAGGGCGGAGGGGGAAGAGGAAGGGGAGAAGAGGAGGCGGGUGGAGCUCCAGGCGGAAGAGUUGGAGCAACGAAGGAUGGAGCUGGGGAGGAGUUUGGAAGAGGAACGGGAGGGGAGGAGGAGAAUGGAGGAGGAAUUGCGGGGAGAAGUCGAGGGGUUGAGAAGGGCUGUGGAGGAGGGGGAGAGGAGGGAUGGGGAGAGAGUCAGUGAGUUGGAAGUGGCUUUGGAGAGGGAGAAGGCAAGUAGGAUUGAGGUGGAGGCAGGGAGGGAGGAGGAGAGGGUGAGAAGGGAGGAGAUGGAAGGGAGGUGGAGAGAGGAGGAGAGGAGGAGAGAGGAGGUUGAGGGGGAGUUGAGGGAGGUGAGUGUGAGGAUGAGGGAGGUGGAGGAGAGAGGGGAGGAGUUGGAGCGAGUGAGAAGGGAGUUGGAGAGGAGGUUGGAGGAGGUUGAGAGGGAGAAGGAGGAGGGGGAGAGGAGGAGGGAGGAAGGGGAGGAGCGGAGGAGGGAGUUAGAGGAGAGACUGAGAGAGAUGGAGGGGAGGGUGGAGAAGGCGAGGGCUGAGAGGAGGGAAAUGGAGGGGAGGUUGGAAGAGGAGGAGUGUAAGAGAAGGGAUUUGGAGGGACGGAUAGAAGGUCUAGGGAGGGAGAGAGAGGGGGAGGUGGAUUCUAGGGUAGGUGAGUUGGAGCAGGAGAGGAGGGAGCUAGAGGUGAGGGUUAGACAAGCGGAGAGGGAGGUGAGAGAGUUGAGGGAGCAUUUGGAGGAGAGGGUGGAAGGGGAGGAGGAGAAGAGGAAGAGAGUUGAGAAGAGGUUGGAGGAGAGUGAGAGGGAGAGGGGGGAGUGGGAGGAGAGAGUGAGGGAGGCGAGGAGGGAGGUGGAGGAGGGGCGGAGGGAGAAGGAGGAGGUGUUGGGGAGGGUGAGAGCAUUGGAGGUAGAGAGGGAGAGAGUGAAGGACUUGGCAGAUAAGGGCAGGAGCGAGGGCAGUGAAGGAACCACAGCAGUUAGCACCGCAACAGUAGCCACUGAUACCCCCAGCAGUAGCAACAGUGGUGGUGGGAGUGACGCCAACGAACCUGACUCUGCAGCCUCGGAGAGGCUCGCCAAAGCUGAGGCUCGGGCGCGGCGCGCCGAGGCUGCCGCCGAGGCUCUCCGGGAGCAGCUGGCGGAUCGGGAGGCGAUGGAGAAGAGCCGGAUCAGGAGAGAGGUUCGGGAUAAGGAGACAGCUGUUGCGAAGCUAAGAGGACAGUUGAAAGAGGCAGAGGAGAGGGUGAAGGAGGCGGAGGGGAGAAUGGCGGAGGAGCAGGAAGCUGCGAGGAAGGCGCUGGAUGAGCUGGAGGAAGUUACGUGGAAGGUGAAGGGGGCGGAGGAGGAGGCGCGGAGGGAGAGGGAGAAGCGGGAGAAAAUGGCCGAGAGGCUUGCGAAGAUGGAAGAGGAAUUUUCUGGGAGCUUGGGAGGAGUGGGGGGAACGGGAGGAGCAGGAGGAGGGGGAGGAGCAGGUGCGAAGAAUGCGGGAGGAGGUUCAGGUAGCAGUUCAGGGGCGGGAGAUGGUGGUGGGGCUGGGGCGUCGGGAGCAGCAGCAGCAGGGGCGGUGCCUGCUGGGUUUGUUCUCUUAGCGGAGUCUGCUAUAGAGGAGAUGCAGAGGCGGGAGGCAGAGCUGCUGAUGCAGGUGGAUCAGCAGCGGGUAAUGCUGGAAGGCAAGGGGCAGGAGGUUCGGAAGAAGGAGGCGGAGGUUCGGGCGAAGGCUCGGGAAGUGAGUGCGAAGCAGGAGGAGCUGAACGCGCUCAAGGCUAAGAGCCAGGGGCUUUUAGCUAAGGAGCAGGAGGUUAAGCGCGUGAUGGAUGAGCUUUUAUUUAAGAACGAGGAGAUUAAGCGGCUGGAGAAGGAGGUGGAAGGGAAGGAAGAGGAGGCGAGGAGGAAAGCCAUGGAGCUAAUAAUGAAAUCGGCUGAGGCGAGGGCUAAAGAUGAGAUAAUCGAAGAGAAGGAAAAGGAGCUACAGGAGUUGAGAGAGCAGCUGUACUCAGGAGGGGGCCCGUCCUUCAGAGAAGGAGGGGGGGGGGGAGGUCGUAGCAUGCGGUAUGGGGGUCCGUCCCCUAGAAGAAGGGCGGAUGGUGAAGGGGAGGAGGGGAGACGGGAGGGUGGGUAUGGGGAGGACGGGGAGGAGGAGGAUACGGUUGAGUCGCUGAGGGAGGAGAUUGCGCGGAUGGAUGGGGAGAUGGAGGAGCUUUACCAGGCGUUGAUUGAGGCGCGGGAGGAGAAAGAGGCGACGGUUACCGAGUUACUGAAGCAGGUGGUAACCCUGAAUGACAGGUUGGCUGCGGCGAAGCGGGAGAAGGACUCGGCGGUUGCCGAGGCUGAGAAGCAGCUUCGGGGCGCCGUGGCUGACGCGGAGGAGCGGGCGGAGAAGGCUCGGAAGGAGGCGGAAUCGCUCGCUGUGUUGAUAGAGCAGACGGAAGGGGAUAAGGUGCAUGCGAGGGCAAGUGUAGAGAAAGCGCAGGAGUAUUUGCGAGCGCUAGACACGGCUAGAGUGGAGGUGAAGAGGCUGAGAUUGGAGAGGGAUCUGCUGAAUGAUCGGGUGAAUACACUGGAGGAGCAGGCGAGGGCUGCGGUGAAUUCGGGAGGGGCGUUGGGGCGAUGGCUCAUGCCUAACUGCCUGCUGCAGCGACCGGAGAAUGCGAGCAGCAGCGGCAUGGGUGAUGCUCCUGAUACCCCCGGCAGGCAGCAGGUGGAGAGGGAUUUGUUGAAUGAUCGGGUGAAUACGCUAGAGGAGCAGGCGAGAGCGGCAGUGAACACGGGAGGGGCGUUGGGGCGAUGGCUCAUGCCGAAUUGCGCACCGGGGGUUCAAGAGCGCUCAGAAAGGCGGCGGGAGCGAUUCGCGCCUCUUAACGAAUCAAAUAUGAUGGCGAGAAAUGCGGAGACGGUUGUUUACGUGGUGGACGCAGGGCCAUCUGUCCCACCAGGGGUGUUUCAGGAGUGCCGGCUCUGGGUGGAGCAGCAGAUGGUGCAGAAGCUUCUCUUCAACCAUCGCGACGAUGUUGCAGUCGUUGCAUUCGGCUGCAAGGAGACAAACAACCCGUUAGAGGAGGUGGAAGGGUAUGAGAACAUAGCUGUGGUGGUGCCUCACAGGGUGCUGGACCCAUCCUCGUUACAAGCUGUGCACGCUAUGGAACAAGCAGCAGACCCGGGCAUCAGGAGUGACUGGCUCAGCGCGGUUGUGGUGGCCUUAGACCUGCUCAUCCGCGCCAAGGGCCAGCUGGGAAUCACAAAGGGCGUGAAGCGCGUCGUGCUGCUGACAGGUGGCGGCACGCCAUUGGAGGAGGCAAGCGAAGGCUCCAAUGAGGAGCAGACCUCGCCCCUCCCUCCCACCACCUCCCCAACAUUCUCCUUCUCCAUCCCCCAUCAUUCCCUCCCCUCUUCUCCUCAGGUGGCAACGGUAGCAGAGAAAAUGCAGGAAUACGGCAUCAUUCUGCACGCUGUGCUGCUGAGAGGGAGGGAGGAAGGCGGAGGGGCAGAACCAGGAGCAGCAGUAGAGGGAGACGUGGAUUUUGAGAACCCAAUAAGACUAAGAGGAGGAACGGCAGAGGUCACUAGUCAAAAUGAGAAGCUGCUGAGAAGGUUUUUUUAUGCGGGGGCUUGCAGGGACCACGGGGGUGAUGCAAGGGCGGAGGGAGGAGGUGGGGGAGAUGAGCAGGAGGAGGAGAGAGGAGUUGGGAGCGGUGGGGUGGUGUGUGGGGGGGAGCUGCGAGUGGUGGCGUCACUGGCAGCAGCGGGCAUGCUGUACCGUGUGAAGCCACGUGUGCUGCCCACCACAUCGUACCGAGGCGACCUGCUGGUGGCACCUGGGUUUACCAUCAAGGUCUGGUCAUACAAGAAGACCUUUCCGCAGCGCCUGCCUCCCCUCAAGCUCCUCUCCCAACUCGCCCCUCCCUCCGACCCCUCUGCCACUGGGGACGUGAAGAUGGAGAGAGAAUACCGAGUGGUGGAGAGCGGUGCAGAUGGGCACGGGGAGGGCGGAGGGGGUGGGGGGGAUGAAGGAGGGGAAGGGGAGGAAGGGGAUGGUGGGGAGAGAGGAGGGGGCGAGGAGCUGGAGACAGUGGGUUUGGAUGAGCUUGUGAGGGCGUACAAAUAUGGACCUCAGGUCAUCCCAGUGAGUGAGUAUGACCGCAUGGCAAACCGGUUUCACGCAGAAAAGGGGAUACAGAUAAUCGGCUUCACAAUGCGAGACCAGAUUCCCAGGCAUUACUUCAUAAAAGACACGGCCAUUCUCCUCCCCGAGCCCAGCAACACCAAGGCCGCUCUCGCCCUCUCAGCCCUCGCGCAGGCCAUGGAAGCUUCCGGGAAGGUGGCGAUUGUGCGGUUCAAGCUCACCAAUCGAGCAGACUCGGGCGUUGCACUGGGCGUGCUGACGCCGUGGUGUAGAGGGAAGCGGGGAUUCGCAGAGGAGGAAGAUGAAGCUGUGCCCGAUCUGCUGCUGUUCAACACCAUCCCCUUCAGUGAGGACAUUCGGGAGUUCUCCUUCCCAUCCCUAGAGGCCGCGCCGCCCAAUCAGCAGCCGACAGCUGUCCAGAUCAGCGCAGCAGCAGCGCUGGUGCAGGCGAUGUCGCUAGUGCGGUGCAGUGAGGUGGGGGAGGAUGAUGAGGAGUACAGUAAGGUGGAGGGGAUGGAGGUGGGGUUGGAGGAGGAUGAGAGGCUGAGACCAGAAGACACACCCAGCCCAGCACUGCAGCACUAUUACGACUUCAUCCGUGCUCGGGUCUUGCACCCCAAGGCCCGCAUACCGCCACUCCCUGCGGCCCUCGCCGCCCCACUCUCCCACCCGCUCUCCACCGACCAUCCUGCCGCCCAGGCCUUCGCUGCUGCCUUCCAUGCCCUCGCUGUUGACACCGUGCCUCUUUCACAGCAGCCUGUGCAGCUGUCCCAGGCAGAGCCUUCAGCAGAGGAGCCUGCACCAGCUGCACCUGCCCCAGGCAGGCCAAAUUCUGUUGAAACCAAGGAAGAAGGCAGGGAGACUAGCACUGGGCCUUCGGUUGUAACUAGUGCAGGGUAA